GAUCAUCCGACAAAAUAGAUAAAUAGAUAGUUUUCUUUAAUACUGUAUAUUGCCUUAGAAUGUCUGUCUUUGCUCUUCUCUAAGAAGUAGAUUUUACAUUCUUUGUUUAUUGUUUUCUUCUAGAUUUUAGGCAAAAGUAUAUAUUUUUUAAUAUGUUUCAGAGAACAUGUUUCAUGUUUGUAGAUUUGUUGUUUGCUUGUAUGAUGAAUGAAUCUAUUGAUUGCGGGAACACAUGCCUGAUUGAUUGAUUUUUUUCUUUUUCAUAUGAGAAUUUGAGAUCUCGUUUUGUGAAUCUAGCAUGUAAGUUGAGAUUGUGGUUUAUGGGCAACAUUGUCCGGUUCUGUUCAAUUAUUUGUGACAUACUUGUGAUUUUGUACUGUUUAUAACAUGUGUACUUGACUUUUGGGAUGGACUGGAGUGACACCCCGUUUUCCUGAAACUUUUGGAUUCAACUGUGAGAGUGUGGAUUUAUCUGCUUCUCCUUCACUUGUGUUUCUUGGUUUAUGUUGUAGAUUAUGAUGAAUUUUCCUCAUGACUUAUUCAUCUUUUCCUUUUCUUAUAUAUUCUCUUUUCUUUAUAGGUUGAUGAGAAUGUUUGCCAUUCAACGACUAGUAUAAAAGCAUUUUUAUUAUGGAACCUAAACAUGACAAUACCGCGGUUGACAGUUUCUUAGGGCUCGGCAUGGAGAAUAUGGGCUUAAGCUCCACGAUGGAUGAAUUCUCUCAUGGAUUUGACUUUAGCUUUCUCCCAGAUUAUGGUGGACUAAACUCUUGUAGCACUCAAGAUGUGGGAGCAGGUUUAAAGUUCGAAAUUCUUGAUGGCUUUCUCGAUGAAGUUGAAGAAGUGGAAGAUAUAUACGCAUCACAUGAUCUUUCUUCUAUCGGUAACCAUAUCUUUCCAGAAACUGAAGUCAAGAAGAAUGUAUCUGAAUUAGAUGGUGACCCCUAUGGUCUUAAGAACAACCGUUCAUCUAAUUCUCCUGGAAUAAGUGGAAGCAUCUCAGAGUCAUCAAAAGAAACUGCUCCACAUGCUGAAUCCCCGAAUCAGAAUGCAUCCAAUGAAAGAGUUAAAGAUAGUUUGGAUUCAAAUGAGUCAGAAGAUGACAAUAAACCACUAUCCACUUUUAUAGGCUCUUGGGUUAAACGAGGCAAGAAUCGGAAGAAGAAUUUGUCCAACACCGCUUAUAGUAGAAUAAAUUCUUCUGGUGAAAGAAUGUCUUGUGUGUCCUAUGGCUUCAGGCCCCGGAAAGGACCUAUGAAGAAAUACAUGCAUACUUCAACGGAGAAUACAUUUUCUGAUGAUCAACUAACUUCAUCGGAGAAAGAAGAUGACAUUUCUGUAACAAAAACAUCCAGAACCAGAAGUGACAGGAGAAAGCAUCAGAGAAUGUGGACUGUUGAUGAAGUUAUGAAGUUGGUUGAUGGUAUUUCUCACUUUGGUGUUGGAAAAUGGACCGAUAUAAAGAACCUCUUCUUUCAUUCUGCAGCGCACCGCACACCCAUCGAUAUCAGAGACAAAUGGCGUAAUCUACUGAAAGCAAGUUAUAAAGACAUGCAUAAUGAUGGACAGGCUGACGAAAGACGAAAGUCAGUGGCUUGCUCUAUACCUAAGGAUGUUCUACAUCGUGUAAAGGAACUUGCCUCACUCCAUCCAUAUCCAUUCUCCAAAUCAUCGUGUUUCAUUCAUGAUUCCUCAAGAAGCCGAAGCUCUGCAAAGAAGAAGAAGAAGAAGAGGAGGAGUUGAUAUAAGAGAAAGUCUAGAGAAGCUGUAAAGAUAUUAAACCAAAAUCGACCCCAAUCGCUUUAACUGUCUUGGAAAGUGAAAAAAGUUCUCUUUAGGAUAUCAGUUUUAUCUGCAACAUCAAAGUUCUUUCAUGUGAAGUUUCUGUUACUGAAACUGAGAACGACUUCGACUCAGAAAAGCAUUUGCUUACAUCCUUUAUA